UUUUCUUUUUCCGUACACAAACGCUCUGCUGAUGACGUGUACACUCCACUACCGUUAGCUAGCCUGCUAGCUUAGCCACCUGUCAGAAUAAAGGUGUUAUAAAUAAGGUAACGGUGUAAAACACAAGGGAAGCAAAGCGCUUCAUUAAAUCAGGGAAAAUGGAGACGCUUUACCACCAGACAAACAAGCAAAUCCAGGAGGUUCAGUCUAUGAUGGGAAACCUGGAGAAGACAGACCGUCAGUCGGUACACUUGGUAGAAAACGAGCUGCAAGCAAGAAUCGACCAGAUCUUCAACCAUUUAGAACGCCUCGAGAUUCUGGCCAGCAAGGAGCCACCAAACCGCCGCCAGAAUGCCAAAUUGCGAGUGGACCAGCUUAAAUACGAUGUUCAACACCUCCGCACCGCUCUACAAAACUUCCAGCACCGGCGCUACGCUAGAGAGGCCCAGGAGAGAGAGAGGGAGGAACUCAUGAGCCGCACCUUCACAACCAACGACGCAGAUACCUCCAUCCCCAUAGACGAGACCCUACAGUUUAACUCCAGUUUGCACAACGCACACAGAGGCAUGGAUGACCUCCUGGGCAGUGGCAGCAGCAUCCUCAACGGUCUCAGAGAUCAAAGAUCCACAUUGAAGGGGACCCAUAAGAAGAUGCUGGAUGUGGCCAACAUGUUGGGGCUGUCGAACACAGUGAUGAGACUGAUAGAAAGGCGAGCCACCCAAGAUAAGUUCAUCAUGAUUGGGGGCAUGCUGUUGACCUGCGUCUUCAUGUUCCUGGUCAUCAGAUACCUGGGCUGACCACUACCCUUCCAUCGGUCGUGGACAUUUCCGCAGCACAUCAUCCCUCAUGAUAUGAAAAGUGGCAGAGCUGAAUUUUUAAGAUUUGAUCAGAGUAAAAUCAUUUUUAUAAAGUGUGCCAUUGCAGUUCGAUUUCACCAUCUUUAACAUUUUGGGCACCUGCAAAAUUUUGAACGAGAUUUGAAUUACAGACAGUAUUUUAUUCCACUUGAAGCUCAAAGAGGGCAUUGAACUUUCUGCUGCUUUCCUCAGAUUACUGCCACAUAUCCAUCAACUACGUUUCUUCUGUUUUCAAAUCAAAACCACUCUGAAACUGUAAAUCACUCUUGUGACUCUACCCAAAUGGCUUCUUAAAAAAUACUUCUAACCAGAUAUUUAUACUCAAUUUGCUUUUGCCUUUAGUGAAAAGCUAUUUGUUUUUUGUCACUAAUAAGUCAGCGUCAUUGUUUUUUGUUAAGCAUGGUUCAGUAGAGAAAUAGAACUUACAAUGCUCCAUAUUUCUUUACACUGCAACUCAAGAAUACCUUUUUAUGUGAUAUGAUGUUUACUCAGUUGCUCACUCAAUAUGCAGUCUGGAAUAAAUCCUCCCUUCAUUAAGGUUACAAUGUUCGUUGUUUUUUAAAAUUGUUUUUGGUUCAGCAGUUUUUAGGUGUAGUUUGUGGUGCUGUUGAACUGUUGUGCAUUACACAGAGAGGUGAUAUAAAAGGGGUUGGACACCUCUCUGCAUAAUGAUACAAUUCAACAGCGCCACCAGCUGCAGCCUUCAAAAUGAUCACACAGUCUAAGCAUUACCUCCCAAAACACUUGCAACAAAACCUGAACAUUUUAACCUUCAUGAAUAUAGGAUUUACUGUUGACUCAGCACAUUAGGAUUAGCUGGGUGUACCUAAUAAACUGGCAACUGUAGCUAAGGUUAUACACCAGAGAUAAUGGCAACAAAGAUCUGUUGAGAAAAGCAAUGGAAGCAGCAGUCAUUUUGUAAUUGUUAAUACUUUCUCAUGGAUAUAUGCUUGGAUCUAGGCUCACUAUGUGAGUGAUUUAAUUCUCUUAAUAAAAUAAAACAUGUUUCA